CACAUGCAUCCGGAACUGUUUCGCGUGCUAUACUUGUUGUACCCGGACGGGGUUCAGCGACGGAACAUGGACCCUGAUUUGGAAAACAACGUGAAGGGAGUCAGAAGGAGUAAAGAGGAGAAGAAAAUACUUAAAAAACAGAUAAAAGCCAGCCACACUCUGCUAAAACAUGAAGGCAUUAAUACCGCGUCCCAACCCACCAAGAGUUUGGUGGUGGCUAACGGCGGCCUGGGGAAUGGUGUUAGUCGAGAGGAGCUGACAUCAUUGCUGAAAGAGAUGGGAGAGCUGGAGAUCCUGAUCAUGCACCCACAGAAGCCCUACGCUUUUGUCACAUACAGGUCUGAGGAGAGCGCUCAGAAAGCCCACCUCCACCUCAAUGGACAAAAGCUGCAAUGUGGAGAGAACAUUGUCACACUCUACCUCAGUUAUGUCAACUCAGUGACCUGUGAGGAGGAGGAGGCGUUUGCUUCAUUACCAGAGGGAUUAACUUUGGUGGAAGAUUUUGUGUCCUCAGAGGAAGAGGUUCUGUUGCUUUCUGCCAUUGACUGGUCGUCCACAAAUGAUGAUGUCACAGCUAAAAAAGCUCUGAAGCACAGAAAAGUCAAGCAUUAUGGGUUUGAAUUUCGCUAUGACAACAACAACGUUGAUAAAGACAAGCCAUUACCUUUAGGUAUUCCUCAGGAGUGUCUCCCUGUCCUGGAGAGAUGUGUGAAGAGUGGACUCAUCAACGUCAUGCCCGACCAGCUGACCGUCAACCAGUAUGAGUGCGGACAGGGUAUCCCUCCUCAUGUGGACACCCACUCUGCCUUUGAGGACACGAUCAUGUCGCUGAGCCUGGGGGCACAGUCCGUAAUGGAGUUCCGUCAUCCCGAUGGCCGCCUCAUUCCUGUGGUGCUGCCGGCACGGAGCCUCCUGCUGAUGAAAGGAGAGAGCAGAUACCUCUGGACGCAUGGGAUCACUCCUCGGAAAUACGACAUGGUGCCGGCCUGCGACCCACAAUCCCUUGCUCAUACAACAGCUGACUUCGGGACCCACAGCAAUCUCACUCUGAGCAAGAGGGGCACUCGCACUUCUUUCACUUUCCGCAAGAUAAGACACAAACCGUGUGACUGUGCCUUCCCCUCAGCCUGUGACAGUCAGGGGGCUCCAUCACCUCCCUCUGUAUCUUCACAACCACCCCCCUCGCUCCCUUGUUCCCAUGCCGACGCAGCCCUCCUGGAGGAGGAGUAUGUGCAUCAGGUGUACAACGCUAUCGCCUCCAACUUCAGCAGCACUCGCCACUCCCCUUGGCCUCGUGUUUGUCAGUUUCUGAACUCCCUCCCCGCUGGGAGCGUGCUGGUUGAUGUGGGCUGUGGAAAUGGAAAAUAUCUGGGUGUCAACCCAGACGUGAUUGCUGUUGGUUGUGACCGAAGCAGUGCUCUUGUCCAAAUCUGUGCAGAGAGAGGUUUCCAGGCGUUUGUCUCUGAUGCUCUUAGUGUCCCUCUGCGAGCAGCCUCCUGUGAUGCUUGUAUCUCUAUUGCUGUCAUACAUCACUUUUCCACUCAGGACCGACGGCUGGCAGCAGUGAAGGAGCUGGUGAGACUUCUAAAGCCUGGAGGUCAAGCGCUCAUCUAUGUCUGGGCUUUUGAACAAGAGUACAACAAGCAGAGGUCAAAGUACCUCAAAGACCAGAACAAGGAGUCUCCUGAGAACCACAGCCUCGUCAAAAGCACAUCAGAGGACAGCCAGGAGCCUCAUGGGAAAUCAAGUCAGCACUCACAGAACGACUGCAGGCCUGAUGACAGCAUACACGAUGUUAACAAAGUGACUGAAGCCAAACUGAGUGUGCACACUAACCGCACAGCCUUCAAUACACAGGACCUUUUAGUUCCCUGGCAUCUAAAGGAGGGGAAAAAGAAAGGGGAGGAAGAAUCAGGAGAAGGUGGGAAGAAGGACAAAACCAAAAUGACUUUGGGAAAGCCCUGCCCCGCAACAAACCCAGACUCUAAACCCAUUCCAAGUAUAGAUACCGCUGAGACCUCCACCGCUAACCAAAAAUCCGAGUCUGAAAGUACCCCAGCGCCCGUUUUUCAUCGCUAUUACCACGUGUUCCAGCAGGGGGAGCUGGAGCAGCUGUGCAGGAAGGUGGCUGGAGUCAAGGUGCAGAGCAGCUACCAUGACCAGGGGAACUGGUGUGUUAUAUUAGAAAAGGAGGACGUGACACGCUCAUAAUUUACAAUGAUUCAGCUUUAUAAACAAGAACGUUGGUAUCUUUUAAUCGAUGAAGUUCAGAGGAGAGAAGUAAACAGAAAUGUCAUCAAAUAAAAGUUGAUAUUACCUUUC